UCCCUACCAAAUGCAAACUGCAGAAUAGUUUUUCUAUUUUUGUUUCUUAAUGAAUAAACAAUAAUUUUGCAUAGCAUGAUUUCCUCAUCCUAUAUAUCUACUCAUUCCCUUCUCUUUGGUUAAUCACUUAAUCUUCAUGAAAGAUGGAAGAACACCCAAAAAUCACUCUAUUUCCUUCAAUAGAUGUAGAAAACAAUGAAAAAGACUCAAAAAUUAUAGUAGAGUCUACUCUUCCAAGAAGCACAAAGCAUCCACGCAGCCCCCUUUACUUUUACCAAGGGUUUUGGUGCCCCUCAGAUUUCCUCCCCAAUAUCAUUGACUUUCAAAACCAUUUCCAAGCUAAAGACACCGAUAUCAUCAUAGCAACCAAGCCAAAAUCAGGUACAACUUGGUUAAAAUCUCUAGUGUAUUCUAUCGUCAAUCGUACCCGUUUUACACUUUCCAAUCACCCAUUGCGUACAAAAAAUCCGCAUGAACUAAUAUUUUUUAUUGACGCCAAAAACACAGAGAAAAAUGUAUCUCUUGAUUUAAGUAACAUGGAACCACCAAGGCUUAUGUCAACCCAUAUGCCUUACAGUUCUCUUCCUACAUCGGUCAAGGAAUCCGAAUGUAGGAUCGUAUGCAUGGCUAGAAACCCGUUGGACACGUUCGUUUCAAUGUGGAAGUUUCUGACGCAGAUUCAUCCAGAAUUCCUCCAACAGAUGACAAUAGAUAAUUUUUCUGAGAUUUUUUGUAAUGGUGAGGAAUCGUUCGGGCCGUAUUGGGACCAUGUGUUAGGGUAUUGGAAAGAGAGUUUGGAGAGGCCUAAUAAGGUGUUGUUUGUCAAGUAUGAGGAUAUGAAGGAAAAUGGGAUAUUUGAGAUGAAAAGAUUAGCUGAGUUUUUAGGGUGUGGAUUUUCCAUGGAAGAGGAAAAACAAGGGGUUAUAGAGGAGAUUGUGAAGUUUUGUAGCUUGAGUAAUUUGAAGGAAAUGGAGGUGAAUAAGACUGGGAAAGUUGUUCCAGUAUUUGAAAACAAGUUGUUCUUUAGGAAGGGUGAGGUUGGUGAUUGGGUUAACCAUUUAAGCCCUAUUAUGGUUGAGAGAUUUGAUCGAAUGAUGAAAGAAAAAUUUAUUGGUUCUGGUCUGGAGUUUAAGAUUUCCCUUUAAUAUUGCAUAAAUGUGUAUGGAGCUACCAAUGUUGGAUAUUAUCAUCUGUGGUAAGGUAAAGGUUGUUUCUUGAAAUUAAUCGUGGUAUUAUAUUUCAUAUUUUGUUAUUAUUCUUUCA